AUGGUUGCCUUUAUCACCUUCACACGUCAAGUUUUUCUUGCCGUUGCUUUCGCUUUGCUUGCUCAAGGUGCUAUUAUCCCAGAAGAAGUUGCUAAAAGAGACGGCUCUCCUGGAUUUAUUGCUUUGGACUUUGACGUUCUUAGAAAACCAUUGAACUUGUCCGCAGUGAUCCAUCAUCAAAAGAGAGAUGCCAUUUCGUUGUCAUUGAUCAAUGAAGGUCCGUCGUAUGCUGCUAAAGUAUCAGUUGGUUCCAAUAAGCAAGAACAAACUGUUGUUAUUGACACUGGCUCAAGUGAUUUUUGGGUGGUCGAUACUAAAGCUCAAUGCGAAAAUCAAGUUGAUUGCAAAAGCUCAGGUACAUUUGAUCCGUCUUCCUCUUCAUCUUACAAAAACUUAAACGAGGACUUUGCAAUUCGAUAUGGUGACGGCACAACUUCACAAGGUACCUGGGGUGAAGAUACUGUUACAAUCAAUGGUAUUUCAAUCACUGGACAACAAUUGGCAGAUGUCACUGAAACUUCAGUUGAUCAAGGUAUUUUGGGUAUUGGGUACACUGGUAACGAGGCUGUUACAAACCAAAGUGGUCAACAGACUACUCAAAACUACGACAAUGUUCCCGUGACUUUGAAAAAGCAAGGCAAGAUCAAAACCAACGCUUACUCGUUGUAUUUGAACUCCCCAACUGCUGACUCCGGUACCAUUAUCUUUGGAGGUGUUGACAAUGCCAAGUACUCGGGUCUGUUGGUUGCCGAACAAGUCACCCUGUCAAAUCAAUUGACAAUCUCACUCUCAUCGGUCAACUUUCGCGGGUCGUCAUUUUCAUUUGGACAAGGUGCAUUGUUAGACUCUGGAACUACACUCACCUAUUUCCCUAGUUCAUUUGCUGCUAAAUUGGCCAAACAAGCUGGCGCGUAUCUCGUUGAAGUUGGCACAAACGAGUACUUGUACUUCAUUGAUUGCAACACAAAUACAUCUGGCUCAACUACAUUCAAUUUUGACAACGGUGCUACAAUUACAGUUCCAAAUUCUGAAUAUGUUUAUCAAACCAGUGAUGGCACUUGUCUUUGGGGUAUUCAAGAGUCAAGUCAAACUAUUUUGGGUGACAACUUUUUGAGACAUGCUUAUCUUCUCUACAACUUGGAUGCUAAUACAAUCUCAAUUGCUCAGGUCAAGUAUACCACAGAAUCCAACGUUUCCGCCGUUUGA